GCGCUGGAUAGGUCAUGUCGUACGUAUGGACGAAAACCCUUCAACUCUGGAAGUAUUCGACGCAUUAGUCGCGGGUAGAGCAGGGGAGGAGAAAGACUUCCACCCCGUUGAAAAGACCAGGGGGCCUAUUCUGUAUCUCGAUUCGGAAAUGAAUUUUCUCGAAUUCGAAUUUUUUGUAUUCGGUAACUCUAUUUUCGCAUUUUGAAUCCUUAUUUCGAAAAGUGAAUCCGAAUUAAGAAAAUUUGCAACUAUGUAAUUCGAAAUUAAUUGUCAAAUGUAUUCGAGGGACUCGGUUAGCAAAAGUCAGCACACUAAACAAAGCCAAUUUGAAAUAAUGGUGGAGUUUAUGGAAUCACAUCCAAACUUGGCCAAAGGCUACGUAAAAUGUGCCGACACUAAACAAACAAGUAAACAUUUGUGGGAGCGGUUGAGUGAGAAUUUAAAUGGAGAUGGACCACCCAUACGGGACAUGCUUUCGUGGGAAAAGGUUUGGGCGGAUUACAAAACCCACAUUAAGGCUAAAGCUCACAAAAAUAAGUUACAUAUGUCGGGGACAGGUGGUGCCUGCAAAAGUUCAUUCCUUCAAUUCAGUUGAAUUAAGAGCAUUUGACUUACUGCAGAUAAAUCAAGCGGUAGAUGGGAUAGGAGAUGCUCAAAAGUUCAGUGCGGGAACAAGUGAAGUCACACAAAGCUACCAAUGUGAAAUCACGGAUCCAAGCACUCAGAAUGACAUAAGUGAUUUGCAAAAUUUGGAAGAACUACCACCUUUAACGCCACCUUCUCGCCCCCAAACGUCACCCAAAUGUAGCACUGUGCGGUCAAGUAAAAACAAUCUCUUGAAAAUGCAAGUAGACGGGCAAAUAAAGUUGCACAAGGAUUGUACUAAGAUUUUAAAAGACGUGAAUUACAAUUUAAAAUCUUUAGUUAAAUCUAAUAAGAAACUUGUUGAACAAAAUGAAGAAAAAAUAGAACUAGAAAGACAAAAACUAAAGUUUGCAAAGUUGAAGCAUGAGUACAAAAUUAAAAGCGACAGGGAGAGGAACAAUGUAAGAAUUGCAAAACUUAAAAUCAAGGAA